AUGAACAAAAUGAAUAGUGGAUGUUUUGAGCAAACCAAUAUAGAAAUCAUGGAUGAUUCUGGCAGACCUUCAACGCUCUUUUUAACUGAUGCUCCUGAAUGCAACAAAUUUGAUAAUUAG